CCCCACUCCAUUCUUCACUAUCGAAUGCUUUCUUCAUAUCUCAAUGGCUUUCUAUGCUUUGAGCUUCAUCCUAGAGUAGAUGUAAUUUUCUAAAAGUUUACGGUGUUUCGUUGUAACAACCCAACAUGAUACUGACAAUUUUCUCCCUGGGCAAAAAGUUUAUGCCUUUAUGGAACAUUAAACAUUUUUAAAUUUAAUGAUACAAUGGUCCUUUCAUAGGCUUUUUUUCUUUUUUUGGGAAAACUAAAAGAGAAAAGUCAUGAAAUUCCUGAAGAAUUUUUCCCUAGCUCCAGUAGAUAUCGUUAAACUGGACAUCUAUUUUGGAUAUACUCCAUUCAGGGUGUAAAUCUCACUUAUCCUUCCAUGACAUUCUUUGUAAAACCGUCCCUGAUUCUUCAUUCUGGAAGUAAAUUCUCCCUUCCACAAUUGGUAAUUGUUAUAAUGAACCACAUAGUGGAAGGACAACAAAAAUUCCAAUUAAAAAAACAGCUUUAUAAAUUGUUUCCCUUCAUUCUCCCUUCUCUGUUGGUUACCGUCUUUCUUUUGCAGAUAAAUAAAACGGAACCCUCGGCUGUAACAAUCUUAUAAAGUCUUUUGUUUUAAGAAGGGAACAUUUUAGGAAGGGCAAGGAUAGAAGCAGGGACUCGUGUUGAGUGAUGAUGAGACUUGAGGCAAGUUAUUUUGUCUUUGAUUGCUGUUCAUAGAUACUAGAUGGUGAGGAUUUCAAAGGUUAGUGAAGUGACAGUGGACCGGGACUAAAUUUACAUCUUUUCCCUCUAAUUCCCUAUUUUAGAAUGAAAAUGUCAGUUUAAAAGGGGAGGAAGGCACCAAGCGAGGAGCAAUUAUUUGAGCAAAUUUCUGGCAUAACCUAGGUGUCUAGGUAGUCCAGUUGGAUUGUCUUUAACGAGGAGGCUGAGCGGUGGGGACCGGCACCCCCGUGUCUUGGGUUUCCUGGACCUGGAGUGAAGUCCGGGCUCUGCUCCAGGUGAACCGCGUCCGCCACUCCCUGGAUCUUCCCCACCUCCUCUUCUGUGCACCGUCUGUAUCCACCCAGGUGCCUCUCUCAGGGGUUGGAUGUGUCCCCUCUCCUGGUCACGGUCACCGCCCCGGCGGCGGCACCCGGCCUGUGACCCCCUCCACCUGGCGGCCCUGGAGUCACAAUCACUUAUUCGAUCCCGCUUGUGCCAUCUCUUCACCGCGAAUGGGUGAAAAUGGCUACAAUUUACGGCAGCCCCGCCCUCGGAAGAGCUGUUGGAGGGACUCCUGCUCAAGCAGAGGAAGACAGGUCAGGGACCUCUUGUCGUCGUCCCAUCCUCCCCGGCCUCUUGUGACACGAAAUGGUGUUUGGAGGGGAUGACCUGCGGCGGUGGGCGCGCAGGCAAAUAAGAGCUUUUUCCCACUAGGAACCCAACUCUUCGAUUCUAGCGGCGUUUCCGGAAGCGUUCUCACCGGACCUAGGCGGAGACGGACUUCCGGCUCCGACUUCCCCGUCUUCCGAGUUCCGAGCUCCGCCGCUUCCGCCCGAAGUUGCCCUAGGCUCCGGCUGCGAGCAGCUUCUUCCGCCAGGAGUCCCUAGCAGCUCGGACUCGGAAACUGGCCCUAAGGCGGCCUGCUCCUUCUCCCCCCAGCCUGCCCACCGAGGCCGGGGCCCCAGGAGGCGGCGGCGGCUGCCGGGCCUGUCGCGGGGCGUUCUCUCUGGCCGAGCCCUGGGCCUAGGGGGAGCGGGGCGUGCGGAGAAACGCCCCGGCCUGGCCCAGCCCCAGCCCGGCUUCCCGCGGCCAGUGACCGUGGCCGCAGGCCUCGCCGCGCCCACUCCAGCCUGGGGCGGGGCCCGGCCUCCCCGCCCCUCGGGCCUGCCCAGCGCCGGGUCACUCUCCUCCUCAGCCCUGCGGCGCUGUAGCCGCCUCGCUCCUCCGGGACCCGGCCGUCCCGUGGCUUCGGCUGCUGGGAAACAUGGAGUUUGCGGAGCUGAUUAGGACCCCGCGGGUGGACAAUGUGGUGCUGCACCGGCCUUUCUACCCGGCCGUCGAGGGGACCUUGUGUCUGACUGGCCACCACCUGAUCCUGUCCUCCCGGCAGGACAACACGGAGGAGCUGUGGCUCCUCCAUUCAAACAUCGACGCCAUCGACAAGCGAUUUGUGGGACCACUGGGUACCAUCAUCAUAAAAUGUAAAGAUUUUCGAAUUAUUCAGCUGGAUAUCCCUGGAAUGGAGGAAUGUUUGAAUAUAGCCAGUUCCAUUGAGGCGUUGUCCACUCUGGACUCCAUCACUCUGAUGUACCCUUUCUUUUACCGGCCCAUGUUUGAAGUGAUAGAAGACGGCUGGCAUUCUUUCCUUCCGGAGCAGGAGUUUGAACUCUACUCUUCAGCUACCAGUGAAUGGAGGUUAAGCUAUGUCAAUAAGGAAUUUGCUGUUUGCCCCUCGUACCCGCCAAUUGUCAUAGUGCCCAAAUCCAUUGAUGAUGAAGCUCUUCGGAAAGUAGCUACAUUUCGACAUGGAGGACGCUUCCCAGUACUCAGCUAUUAUCAUAAAAAAAACGGAAUGGUAAUUAUGCGAAGUGGUCAGCCACUCACUGGCACAAAUGGCAGACGGUGCAAAGAAGAUGAGAAGCUGAUAAAUGCUACCCUCAGGGCAGGAAAACGUGGCUACAUCAUUGACACUCGAUCUCUAACUGUAGCUCAGCAAGCUAGAGCCAAAGGAGGCGGCUUUGAACAAGAAGCUCACUAUCCCCAGUGGAGGCGGAUUCAUAAGUCCAUUGAGAGGUAUCACAUUCUUCAGGAGAGCUUAAUCAAACUCGUGGAAGCUUGUAAUGACCAAACACAUAAUAUGGACCGAUGGCUCAGUAAAUUGGAAGCCUCGAACUGGCUGACUCACAUCAAAGAGAUUCUUACAACAGCCUGUCUAGCGGCUCAGUGUAUCGACAGGGAAGGAGCAUCCAUAUUGAUUCAUGGAACAGAAGGAACGGAUUCCACACUUCAGGUCACCUCCCUGGCCCAGAUCAUCUUGGAACCAAGAAGCAGGACCAUCCGUGGUUUUGAGGCCCUGAUAGAAAGAGAGUGGCUGCAGGCUGGUCACCCAUUCCAGCAGCGCUGUGCACAGUCAGCCUAUUGUAAUAGUAAGCAGAAGUGGGAGUCGCCUGUAUUCCUUCUCUUCUUGGACUGUGUGUGGCAGAUACUUCGUCAGUUCCCUUGUUCUUUUGAAUUUAACGAGAAUUUCCUCAUCAUGCUCUUUGAGCACGCUUACGCCUCACAGUUUGGAACAUUUCUGGGCAACAAUGAAAGUGAAAGAUGUAAGUUGAAGCUACAGCAGAAAACGAUGUCUCUGUGGUCCUGGGUCAACCGGCCCAGUGAGCUGAGGAAGUUCACCAGUCCUCUCUUUGAAGCCAACAACCUUGUCAUCUGGCCGUCAGUUGCUCCACAGAGUCUUCACCUGUGGGAAGGUAUUUUCUUACGUUGGAACAGAUCCUCCAAGUAUUUGGAUGAAGCAUAUGAAGAAAUGGUUAACAUCAUUGAAUAUAACAAGGAAUUACAAGCAAAAGUAAAUAUCCUUAGGAGGCAGUUGGCAGAAUUGGAAACUGAGGAUGGGAUGCAGGAGAGUCCCUGAAAGAUCGCCCCCCGACACUCUUCAGAAGGACCUUCCCGGACCUGUAUCCCACCUCUUUCUCCUUUUGCCCUUCAGUUCACUUUUACACAAUAGCCUUGAACGUAAGGCUUUGGAUGUGGGAACCUCUAGUGUAAUGGAUUUCUCAAUACUUUAUGAAAGAAACUUACUGUAAUUACUCAUGUUUCACGUGGCCUGUUAGGCCUCUUCAUUUUGGGAGCAGGAAGGAGGUGCUAGUCAUUUUAUUUUAUGUGAAACAGAUGACCUGUUUAAUGCCAUUCGUGUUAUACACCAUUUCAUCAUAAGCUUUUCUCUGUGUUCACUUUCUAAACAGUGCUCCACACCAGUCAAGGGUACAUGAUUAAUCUCUUUAGGGAGUAUUUGUUGGUUAAAACACGAUCAGACUUUUAACCAUUCUGAAUAUAGAAAUAUUUUUCAAACCUGAAAUGGUUGGUAAACCAAGAAUUUCCUGUUUAACAUGUCAUUUCCAGUAUCUUUGCCACAUAAAAUAGUCAUUCUCUUUAAAAUAGUCUUGGACUAACGAAGCUGAAUUCAUUCUCAUUCUGGUUUGUCAAGAAAGGAAAAUCUGAAUAUUUAUUCAAGGUAAAUUAUUUUUACAAGGGCAACAGGUAUAGUCUUCUGAUAUUUACAUUAAGAAGAGGUAAAUUUAUUUUAACAGUAGACACUAAAAGUAUGUGCAAUAUAGAAAUCAAGUAGGAAUUUGUUACUGAUAUGAUAUCGUUACUGUUGAAUUGGUUUUUCAGGUUUUUGACCAUAACUAUUAAAUGUGUAUCAAAUGCUGGAUAUAACAUUAAACCAUCAUUUACAAUAGAUGUUAAUUUGUUACAGUUAAGCUACAAAUAUGGUUUCCUUAAACCAGAGAUGCACUCCCCUUGUCUGAAGUUCUUAUUGCUCUGGUUUCUGUAAGUAUGUGUGUGUUAUACUGUGUUCUAAGUAUUCUAAGAGUUUACUAAUACUAAGGUUAAAACUUUCAUGGUGGCUUGAGCCUUUUGAAAAUUUAUCUUGACUCUGCUGAUUUGUCUAUUAUAUGUUAGGCAAAUAUAAUUUAAGCAGAGGUGAAAGUUUAUGAACAUGAUGCAGCUAUGUUUUAAACUUCAGAAACAGAUUUGAAGUGGUUCGAUGUUAGAGAAACAGUGAUGACUAUAUUUACGCUAUGCUGGUUUAUGCCCACAGCUCUGAAAGGUUGCGGUUGAGUGCUUUUCAUGUAUGUUUCUGUUUUGUGACACUUCUCAUUUUAACAAAUACUAUCAAUUCUAGUUUUCCUUUAAAAGGAUAGUUGAAGAGUAAUCUUUAAUACCAUUCCCCCCCAUCUGUACAUAACCAUUUCAGAGUGAAGCACACCAAAACUGAACCCUGCUUUAGAGCUAUGUAUUGAGCUAAAAAUAUAAUUUUUAAAAAUUGACUCUAGCAAAAUUUAUGACCACGUUAAGAAGCCUUGGAAAGUGGCAAAUACUUUCCGUCUCUAGUUGCCUACGCUUUAUCUUUUUUCUGUUUCCUCAGACUUGUAGCAGAAGGCUAGACAACAAUCCACAGUCAGCUCGCUUUUGGUCCAUUUGCCUGCCUUCUCCUCUAAGCUUGGUUUUUGCCUUGACUGUGGUUAUGAAUCUCAGGGCGUUAAAGCCCUCACCAGAAGGCUAGUAAGCAAGGAGCAGAGGAGACGUUGUCUUGCUAUAGAUAUCUCUGUGUCGUGUGAAAUAUCUAUAGUAAUUUUUUAAAAGGGGAAAUACUGUAGCUUUUUUAUGGCCUGUCGAAAUUGUUCUGCAUUUGUUCACGCAGUUGACCUUUUUAUUUUCUCCUAUUUUUGUCUCAAGACUAGAUAGGAAGAAGGAGCUUUUUUCUUCUCAGUUAACAGACCCAUAAGGAAAACCAUCUAGAGAUUUCUUUCGUGGUUCUUUAGAAGUGACUCUCGCUGGUGGUGUUGGUUGGCCGUAGGCUCCCUGGGUGGGAACUUUGGAGGGUGUUUUCAUAGGUGUGGUCAUGGAGAGACUCUAUGCCAUCACUUUAUCCCCAUCUUCCUGAUGAACAUUUUCUGUGCGAGCCAGAGUACAAUAGUAGCAUAGUGUUUCAGUUUCUUUUCUUUCUCUUAUUGGGACAGCAGUCUUAAGCUAUUUGGACAAGUUUGCAUUUUAGUAUUAAUUUAUAAUUAGAGAUUGUCCAAACGUCAGUUCUGUUUAUAGAUUGUAAAAACAAACUUUGGUAUCAAUGCACUUUUAAAGGAGUCAUCUAAUGCAAAUAUUAGGGUCUUCCCAAUCUCUAAAACUCUGUCAAAAACAAGUGCACUAUCAAUAUAACUUGAAGAGGGUUUUUACUAAUAUUAUUAAGUUACCCAUCCCUUGGAUGAGAAGAAUACAUACAGUGGAUGUACGCAUGAGAAGAUACUUGUUAAACAUUACGUUUGGAGAAUUGCCAUUGACUUUAAAAACUUUAAUGAAGAAAAUUGUGGCAGAAAGUGAGCAAGUAAAUUGCCCCAUAGGUGCCAAUAAUAAUCAAGUGAGAAUAAUCAAGUUCAUGUAUAUUAGGCAUCUUCCAUAUUCAUUUAUGGUGAAGGCUGGUUUACCUUUUGGGAUGCAAAAAGUAGGCCCCACAAAGAAUAUUUUAAAAAUAAAAAGGAUUACUACAGUCCUCUAUCAGCAAUACAAGGAUCCUUAGAUUUAAAUUAAUAAUUUUUUAAGAAUCAGAAGAACACAGUUGGUUGAUUAUAUAAAAAUGCUGUAACUUUUUGGGUGGUAAUACUUUUUAAUAAUUAAUUGGUCAAAAUUUUUCAUUUUGAUUUCAUUAAAUGGGAAUAAAACAGCAGAAAUUCUAAAAUUUAAUAGGUGUAAAACAACCUAUAAAUGUAUUUUAUUUCUGAGAAAAAUUAGGCCUUUGAAGCAAGAUUUUAAAGCAAUUUUCAGGAAAACUUUGAAAGACAACAGACAGUCAUUUCAGAUCCUAUCUGGGGAAUUUAAAAACCUUUCUUUGAACUCUGAAGCCUGAUUUACAGAGGUGAUGUCAUUGCUUUUCAUUUCAAAGGAUGAAGUUUAGUGAGAUUUUAGUCUUUGAUUCAGUCAGAAUUUAUAGUAAAUAAAAAUCAAUAUCAUGGAAAAGAUUUGACCAGUAGUUGUCUCUUGAAGUGAAAAAUAGGAGGAACAUUUUGCUGCAUUUUAAGAAAUCUGCUUAAAGGUGUGACUCUUGUAGGUGAUCUGGUUUCAGGAUUAGCUGUUUGAAUUGUCAGUCUUCACUAGGUCAUCAGGGUCACUUAGUAUCAGACUUUAACCUAAGCAAAAGUUUUGAUAUCUACCCAUCUCCAGUUUUAAUGAAUGAAAACUGCAUGAGGAUAUUAUGAGCACUCUUUAUCAGAAAGUUAUUUCCUGGACAAAAAAAAUGGGCACUUUUUAGAAUAGUUGACCCCUGUUCUGGCAGCUUUGAAAUCUACCGGAGAAUGAAGUCAUUCAGCACGUCUGAUACAGGUUUCUGCUAUACCUCAAGACAACAUAGAUUCCUUAUUGCUUGCUCUUUAACACGGGUCAGAUCUUUUCCCCCUCCAGAGCUGGUAUCUUAAGUGAUUAUCAAAUAGUGUUUUUAUGUAAUUCAGCAUCUUAACAAAAAACAUUAAAAAGACUGAUUUCUCCAUUAAUGUUUAUUCCAGAUGAUAUGAAAUGCUAAUUUUCUUGCAGUAUCAGUUUUCUAAUUUUUGUUUUCUUGAAUAAAACUACUUCUACCUUCACUCAGUCUGUGUAAUCUAGUGUCCACAGCAUCUUCUUCCUUUAAACCAAUAGCCCAGAGGAGACCCUCUGAAACUCUAGGACUAGGUUUCAGAAAGUCUAAACUUGUUAUCCAAAUUCCCUUCAAGAAACCCAACUUCCUGUUUUUGAGCUACCCUGCAGAAGUGUAGUUUCUGCUUAAUUUACUGAAAGAUAGUGGGGCUCACUGUAGACACUACAUUAUCCUGAAAAAUAAUUCCUGCUAAGAGCUUACUGACUUUUAGACCAUUCUGUUGAACUAUCUGUGGAUACACAGAUUAACUGUAUUUGUGAUUUGUAAUAAAAACAAGUUGUGCAACACUGCCUGUGUCUGUCUGCCCAGGACACUUGCUUCACUUGUAAAAUGCACAUGUCUUUGGAGAGGAUUAUUCUACACAAGUACACCCUGAGUUUCAUCCUUCAGAAUCCUCUUAGAUCGAUUACCAUCUACACUAAAAAUGUUGUACUUGCACAACUUAGUUGUAUAAGAAAAAAAAGAAUAUGUAUUUCUUCAAUAGCUGGGUAUUUGGAUUGUACUCUUGAUAUAUUUGAAUGUGACUCUUGGAUUUAAGUGCACUAUUAUUCAUGUCUUACACAAUAAAAUUGCACUGUAUGGCAGAUGUGUCUGUGAUGUAUGCUUUGCUAAAACCUCAGAGUGCUGGAAGUACAGGUUUCUGUGUUGUGAACCUGUCUGUAUAUAGUCUUAGGGAAAAAUUCUGAACUUUUUAAAGUCUAUGUAACAUUUUAAUAUUAUUUGUAAUGUUCCCUAAGUGGUUAGUUCACCUCUGUCCUAAAACUGGAAUCAUUCAUCUUGAGUUGGCUGCUUUGUCAAGCUUGGUUUACUGAAUGAAGAAACAGUCAUCUCGAACGCGGUACUGUUAUCUUAGUGUGUAAGAUUUGUCUGUGGUGUUCCCCCUCUGCUUCAGAGGACUGUUGCACAGAUACUAGUGUUAAAUUUCUAUAGACAAUGGUAAUAAAAUUUGAAUAUAUUCAAGUGCU